AACAGGGGUUCCCAGAAUGUUCGUGGUGGGGACGUUUUAGGAUGUUGUUGGACAUUCUGGAAAUGGCCUUGGCUCAAGGAGCCCAACCCAAAAGUAAGGUGUAACUGGUCGCAUCCUCUACCAAAUACAGAGGAACAAAGGUCAACUUGGGACCAAGUUAGACCCAAUAAAUUACUCUGCAAGUCUUAAUUUAAGGUUUAAAAAAAGGCAAGAAAAUAACAAAUUAGCAGGAAAGGAAACGUGAUUAGAUGUUUUUUAUAGAUUGGUUUAAUUCUUUGGAAAGUUGGCAUAUAUUAACUUUAUUCUUAUCAUAAUUAACUGUGAUAUAUAGCUAUAUGAUAUAGUUAUCAUCGUGGGGCAGGGCCUGUCCUUCAUUCGUGUUUAUUUACAGAAGUCUGAAAUACACAAAGAAAACGGAGUGAACAAAUCCCACUUGGCUCAGUCGAGGCCUCCGCCAACAAGCUGCGUCCCACUGAAACGCAUUUGACGGGAUUAAAGCGGCAGUCGGGAUGAGCCUCUUGUUGCCUGAAGAUCACAAGGGUGACAUGCGCACUGCGCGGAACGCGCUCUCCAGCCUCAGGACACGCACGAGAAAAAACUAAAAAAACGCACAACGCGCUUCUCGAUGUCUCGCCGUCGUCCAAUCAAGCAUCUGUGACCUGUCCCGUCCGGGGAGCGUCCUCCAAGCUACUUUCCGCAGGUGCAUUUUCUCCCUGCGGACCGGCGGAGGAGGCGCAGGACGCGCUGCGCCCCUUGGAGCUGCGCGCGGAGGGCGGGUGGAUGUGGGGGUGGGGGGGACCUGUUGAUGUAGAGCCCACCGGCGCAGCAAUGGAGGAGACAAGAAUGUAACAGAUACAGAAAAAGUCACAAAGACACGAUUCAACCCCCCCUGCACAACAAUACGCAGAGGGCCCCCGAUGGAAAUGAUGGAUGCCCAGCUGGCCUUGGAGGCCGUGGAGAGACUGCAAGCCAAACUGAAGGAGCGAGGAGAGGCCCCCACCCAGGAGAAACUCUCCCUGCUGAAGACGGUCCUGCAGAGCCCCCUGUUCCAUAAUAUACUCAGCUUACAGCAAGCUCAGCGGAAGCCCCCGGUGAAGGGAAAGAUUUCAAAAUCCGUGUCCAUGAAUUGUGGCCCCUGCCCGGGCGUGGCGCUGGACCUGAAGGCGCUGAGCCACAGCGACUCCUACACAUGGGCCAUGGAGGACCGGGGGCCCAUCAACGCCAGAUCCGGUCACAGCAUCUCCUCCCUGGACUCGCUGGAUCUGUCCUUCUCAGACAUCCACCCAGACAACUGCGUUCCCACUGAAUCGCAGUACUGCACCCCACCUCGCAUCUCCCGCACCAUGUCGAUGGGGCGAAACCUGUCUGCCAUCGCUCACGAGAGGCGUCAUGUGGAGAUGAUAGAGCUGAUUAACGACGGGAAAGGGCUUGGUUUCGGCAUCAUAGGAGGACGGAGUACAGGGGUCAUGGUCAAGACCAUACUUCCUGGAGGAGCUGCUGGAAGGGACAAGCGCCUGCGUAGCAGUGAUCAGAUCCUGCGCAUCGGAGACACGGAUCUGGCGGGCAUGAACAGCGAACAGGUGGCACAGGUGCUGCGAAAUGCUGGUACCAAGGUGAAGCUGCUUAUCGCCAGGGACGUUACCACGGACAACCACCUUUCCUCUCGUGCUCUGAGCCAGGACAGCUUGGACAGAAAGCACAACGACCCGAGGGACGAAUGCGAGUUCAGCGUGCAGUUCACUAAGAACAGUCGGGGCUUGGGAUUCACCAUUUCAAGCUACAUAGGUGACCUAAACUCAGUCUACAGCGCUGGUGUGACAGUGAAGAGCAUAGUGAAAGGCAGCUCCGUGGAUCAAGAUGGACGCAUCAAAAUCGGAGACAUCAUCUUAUCUGUGGACGGGGCGAGUCUGCAGGGCUGCAGCGAGCAGCGCGCCCUGGAGGUGCUGAGGAGGACGGGCCCCCUGGUCCGACUGAGGUUGCUGAGGAAGGAUGUCCGCCCGAGUCACAUCCCUCCGCUGCACCCUCUCCGACACUGCCACAGCUUCCACGAGGGCAACCGCUACCGGCUGGGCCUCAACAGGAUUCAAGAGACAGGAAUCUGCUCCCUGCGUGAAAUCUCCCGGCGAGCGGCCUACGCCAACGGACGUCCCCGACACAGUUACAUAAACGGUGUGAAACUGACUUCAGCCGAGGAGGAGGACCUCAGAAAGAGGUGGCAGAAUGCAGUCGGACAGCGAUAUGAAGUCAUGGUGUGUCAGCUGGAGCGUUUCAGUGAUACGAGUGGUCUCGGCAUCAGUCUGGAGGCGCGGGCGGGACAUCACUACCUGUGCUCCGUGUUACCCGAGGGCCCCGUUGGCCAAACCGGCAAGAUCUUUACUGGAGACCAGAUACUGGAGGUGAAUGGGAUCCCUCUCAUUGGAGAGACACAUAAGGAGGUGGUCAAUGUUCUGAAAGAGCUGCCGAAGUACGUCUGUCUGGUUUGCUCCCACAUUGUACCCCCCACGGUUCCAGGCAGUGAUGAGGAAGACGAGGACGACGUCAAUCUCACCCUGAAAGAGCUGCUGGCUGAGUUCAACGACAAGUUGGACCAGGGUUGUGUCAUCCCCUGUCCCACGGCUGAGGACAUCACCAAGCGCGGCGUGCCCCCAAUGUCUCCUCCUUUGGCCAUGUGGGAGCGAGAUGCUCAGGUGGUCGAGCUGGAGAAAGGCGAGUCGGGACUGGGCUUCAGCAUCCUGGACUACCAGGAUCCUGAAGAUGCCACCAAAACAGUUCUGGUAAUCCGGUCCUUGGUGCCCGGAGGUGUGGCAGAUCAAGAUGGCCGCCUGCUGCCUGGUGACCGGCUCAUGUUCGUCAACGAGAAUAACUUGGAAGGCUCCAGCCUGGAUUACGCCGUGUACGUCCUGAAGUCCACCGGCUACGGCCCCGUCCACAUUGGAGUUGCCAAACCACUGCCGCUGGAACUGUGCGGCGGCUUGACGCCCAUCUCAGAGAGGAGCCUGCGGGCUUCCUGCGAUGACAACCACUCUGAGCUCAGCCUGCUAGACGAGGCAACGGAGGCUAACACCAACACCUGCAACUCCGAGCCGUGUUACACUUCAACGGAAAACCAGCCGCGCCAUCGUUUCCACAACAUGGAGGACGACUACAGGCAGCGGGCGCCACCUCUGCCCCCGCGCACCAGCUUUGAGAGGACAAUCACUGUUGUCCGGGGCAACCGUAGCCUUGGCAUGUCGGUGAGCGCUAUCAAGGACGGCUCAGGCAUGCUGGUGCGCAGCGUGGUCCAGGGGGGCUCUGUCAGCCAGGAUGGCAGACUGGGGGUGGGGGACGCCAUCUUGGCCAUCAACGGAGAGCCAACCACCAACCUGAACAACGCCGGGGCCAGAGCGGCGCUCCGCAGGCACUCGGUCGUGGGGCCCGAGAUCAGCAUAACCCAUGUGCCGGCCCAUCAGGUGGACCAGUACCGUACCCGUCUGCGUUUACCCCCGCUGGAAUCCAUCGAAGCAGACAGCGCCCCUUCCUCGCCGACCCCGCCGACCCCUUCCCCGGAGCUUGCCUCGGCCAGAUCCCCCCGCCUGCUCAGAGCCGCCGCUCCGCCCGCCGCUCCACCCGCCGCUCCGCCCGCCGCUCCGCCCGCCCUCAAAGCCGCCGGCUCGGUCAAAUUCAAAACCGCCGUCGCGGAUCCUGCAGCAGUCCGAGCCGCCGCUUCGUCCAAAGCGCCAUUCAAAGGCCCCGCCUCCGCCCCCACCACGGGGCCGGCCCCCGCCUCGAGUUGGCAGACUUCGAGAUCUUACCCUCCUAAGAAGAAGGAGGAGGAGGCAAAUAGAAAGAUUGUGGAGGAGAAAGAGGAGGAGACGGCACGGCAGCCGCAGGUGGAGGUGGAUGGAAAGCAGGAGCUUCACUCUCUCGCUGCAGUUACUGAGGAUCGACCCAGAAGCGUGCGGCUGACUCGGGCGGCGGGCCAGUCGCUGGGCCUCAGCAUAAUGGGAGGCAGAGGAAUGGGCCGGAGACUGAGCACCGGGGACAUGAUGAGGGGAGUCUUCGUCAAGCACAUCAGUGCCGACAGCCCGGCAGCGCGUAAUGGCACCCUGCGGACCGGAGACAGGAUACUGGAGGUGUGCGGCGUGGACCUGAGGGACGCCAGCCAUGAGCAGGCGGUGGAGGCCAUCCGCAGGGCCGGAGACUGCGUGUCCUUCUUGGUCCAGUCGGGACAACACAGAUCUCAGUCUCCGCUGCUCAACCGCGAGAGAGCGACUGCAGCGCCGCAGUCCAACUCGCACGGCGGCAAGGAAGCAGAGACGCCGAGUCUGUUCCUCACCCUCUCCCCUACAAACCCCUACACCCCCACCCCCUUUAAGGUGCCUUCGCCGAUAUGCGACCGUCCGGGGAGGAGGAGGAGGAGCCUCGCGACCGCCGCGCCGCCGGCUGGGAGCGAUGCCGACAGGGAGAAGAUGGUGCAGCGGUACGGCGGCCUGUCCGGUCAGCUGCACAUGAUGGAGCUGCAGAAGGAGCCGGCGGCCCGCGGCCUGGGCAUCGGCCUCUCGUACAACGAGGGCGGCUCCAGAGCCCGCAUGAGCGUCCACGUGGCCGACAUAGACCCCCGGGGGCCCGCCGGUCUGGACGGGAGGAUACGGGUCGGGGACGAGCUGCUGGAGAUCAACGGUCAGAUCUUGUACGGCCGGAGUCACCAGAACGCCUCGGACAUCAUCAGCAACGCUCCGUCUAAAGUCAAGAUCGUCCUCAUCAGGGAAAAAGCAGCUGAGACAGACGACUCCCAGACGGAGGCAGGAGAGCGCGGGGGAUCAGCCACAGGCGUCCAGCACGCCGCCGCCGCCCCCCAGGAUCACAUAGGUCUCUGCCUGCCGGAGAGGGAGGCCAAGGACGGGCCGGUGGUCCGGUCCCUGAUCCAGCCCGGCACUGCCAGUAAGGCUGGAAGCAUCGAGGCCGGAGACACAAUCAUAGCCGUGCGUGAUCAACCUGUGGCCGGCCUGCCAGGGGCCACGGUGUCCAGUUUGAUUGCGGAACAGCGGGUCGACGUCUCCGUCAGCUGCUCCAACAGUCCCUCCUCCUCCUCCUCUUUGCCCCUUUCUCGUCCCAGCUCUCUCACUCCCACCUCCCUCCCCGUCCCCUCCCCUCCGCCGUCGCUCACCGCCUCGCAGACCCCUCCCGCCGGGCGCUCUGAUUGUCUGCGAUCGGCCCCCGUAAUGUCAGACCCCCUCGUUGGCCCAGUUGUGGAAGGAGGGGAAUCCACAAUCGAGUUUUGCAAAGGAAACGUGGGCCUGGGCCUCAGCAUCGUCGGAGGAUGUGACUCUCUGCUGGGGGCAGUAAUAGUCCACGAGGUAAACGAUGGAGGAGCAGCACAGAGAGACGGGAGGCUGCAGGCUGGGGACCACAUAUUAGAGGUGAACGGCAUAGACCUGCGGCAGGCCACCCACGACGAGGCCAUCGGCGUGCUGCGGCUCACCACCCGGCGCGUCCGCCUGCGCGUCUUCAGGCACCAGGAGGCCUACAGGGAGGAGGACCUGUGGGACGUCUUCAGCCUGGAGCUGAGGCCUCGUCCCGGAGAGGGGCUGGGCUUCGCCACUGUGGGCAAGAGUAAUGACACGGGCAUCUUUGUGUCAGAUCUCAUCAGAGGAGGCGUAGCAGAUUCGGAUGGCAGGUUGCUGCCGGGCGACCAGAUUCUGUCAAUCAACGGGGACGAUGUCCGCGCGGCAUCGCAGGGACACGUGCAGGAUCUGCUACAGGGAUGCAGAGGAGCGGUCCACCUGGAGGUGGCUCGUUUUAAAGCGGGGCUGCAGUACUCGCAGCACAGCCAGAGCGAGGACUCCGACUGCUCCACGCUGACCCACUCCAGCGGCUGUGACGCUUCGCCCGGCCACCAGAGGGAGACAGAUACCAGGACGGGGGGCUACUCGUUUCAAGAGUCUUCUGACGCCAAACACGUCACAAUGCAAAAGGGUCCAUGUGACUCCCUGGGCAUCAGUGUAGCAGGAGGAGCGGGCAGUCCCCAUGACAACGUGCCUCUUUUUAUUGCUACCAUGGAUACCGAUGGACUGGCUGCCACGACGUAUCAAGUACAGGCUGGGGACAGGAUCCUCAGUACCAACGAUGUGUCCACGGAGGGAAUGACUCGCGUCCAGGCUGCAGCCCGAACCAUCCGUCUGCAGGUGGCAGCUGGUUCUGGUGGGCGCAGCACAAAGGACCACAUUGAUGAGCAGGCGCCGUUGUCAGGACAACCCAGCGGCCUGCCACGCUUUCACAACAACCCCUGCGCUCGCACGUAUCGGACCGUGGCUCUGGAGAGAGGCUCGUCGGGCCUGGGCUUCAGCAUCGUGGGGGGGUUCGGCAGCCCUCACGGAGACCUGCCCAUCUACAUCAAAACCAUCUUCAGCAAGGGGGCGGCCGUGGAGGACGGCAGGCUGAAGCGCGGGGACCAGAUCAUCGGCGUGAACGGACACAGCCUGGAGGGCGCGACUCACGGCGAGGCCGUGGACAUCCUGAAGAAGAAGACCAGCGGCACCGUGGUGCUGACGGUGCUCUCCUGAGGGACCUCGCCGCGUUUCCUCUGUCCGCCUCGCACCCCGAUGAACUCCUGUAGAUCCGUUUGCAAAAUUAGGGCGGGACACUACCUCUAUCUGGCUGUGUUAACGUGCACCAUCAAGGUAUUAUUUAGAGCUAAUGUGUUAAUGUUAAAUGAAUCUCCAUAUCCCGGUCAUCAAUAUACCUCCACUAAUACAAACGGAAUAUAUUUAAAGUAACCAUAGGCACCAGCGGCUACUAUGAAACAAGCCAACUGCUGGUUGAAUGUUGUGUCCUAGUUGUUGGGUUCAUGCUCAUUAUGAUAUGAGCAUGCAUUGAGUAUUUAGCAUCGGCCCACGUGAAUGAAGCGUCCUGGAGAAGCGGUGACCUUUGCGACCUUUGCACGGAGGCGCAGUGUCGCGCGGAGUCUCUGUGGUCGUUACAUGCCAAGUGCUUCUGCCAAUCUUUUGUACGGCAUCGGGCUGUCGGGACGUUUAUCUCUUCCUGCCGUUCUGAUCGCUGCGGUUACUUAUGGUUAAUACUGGUGUACUACAUGUUCGUGCUGGGCCGUCCGUUAGGGAGGAUCUUUAACCUGUUUUUAUAUGAAUCAAUGUGUUCUGUGAUAUGUGGGUUCUAUUGAUAUACUGUGUUGUCCGUAGCCCCUAGAGGUGGGUGACAGACCUCGUGUCGGAGGUGGGGGAGGCUGCCGUUGUGUCACUUUGUGUUAACUGAAUGUAUUGCGAGUGAACUUAUUAAAGUGGCCGUUUGUUUAGA